AUGACUUCACGGCCACCCGUGACCAACCAGACGCGCUCAUGGUUUGACCGAGUCAAUAUUGCAGAUGAUACUGAUGUCGAUAUUGUCGCCAUCCCGCCCAUCGGCGCCCAUCAUCAAAAGACGUGGGUAGCGCCUGGCGCGACAUCGUCCUGGCUUCAUACUACACUACUACAGCAUAUGCCUCGAGCGCGAGUCCUGCUAUAUAACUAUGGAGACCUGCAUGACGAUAAAAUUGACACCUUGGGUGAACGGCUGUUGAACCAACUACGUAGUGAGCGGAAACACGAGCUUCGUCAGUCAACCCGACGUCCCAUCUUUAUCAUCUGCCACAGCACCGGUGGUCUCGUUGCUAAAGCUGCUCUAGUCGUGGCAUCGCGAGAGCCGGGCCAAUCCCUCUUAACCAGCUGCCAUGGGAUCGCCUUCUUUGCGACUCCCCACCAUGGGUCGACUUACCUCUCCGCCGAUGAGUAUGCUGCUAGCAUUCGCCAUCUCCUGCAUCUAGAGCACGAAACACCCGCAGCGCUCAGGGCGCAAUUGCGCCCACGUCAUGAGCGACUAUGGCAUCUGUCGAACCAGUUCAAGACUCUUUCGGCGGACAUGAGGGUCUGGUCUUUUCUCGAAACUGUGGAUUCAACUAUUCAUGUGAUCGACGCUGAAACAGAUAAGAUGUUGGAGUUUCAUGUUCCCAUUACUUCGAUUCGGUCCGGUUUGUUGGACAUUGAGCAUGAAAAGGAACUGCCUAUGGCAACAGACCAUACGGGGACAGCAACCUUCCACGGCCAGGAGUCCACACGAGAUCGAUUCUUGGAUGAACUAAGUGAUGCCGUUAACACUGCUGUUGAAAUUUCAAAGCAGGAGGACACGCCGUUGGGCGUAGAACAGCAAGUCAUGGUUCAAAUCAAUGGCUUCUUCGAGGAUACUGCAUUGGGUGUUAGUGAUGAAAGUCCGCUCAAGAUGUGGUCAACUAAGGUGUCCUUGGAAGACUAUCUCUCUCGUGGUCCGACGGCUUGCCUUCGGGAGAGACUAGGUCGAGUUCAGCCCGGUGGCUUGGAUGCUGCGUCAAUCACGAGUUUGGAUAGUCUCAGCUCAUCCUACACUGUUCCUAGCUCCGAUCCAAAUGGCCAUCAUCAAGAUCACCAUGGUGAGAAACCAAGGCCCCUUCAACCCCCUCUACCCUUCAAGCAAAGCUUUGAUGAUCCCUCUGGUCCAUCUCCAAAGAUCCACAUCACCGAAGCAGAUAGUGAUGGCUACUUGAAUGACUCACCAAGUGAAAGUCCACCUCCGCCACAGGAGCAGAAACGAAAGAGCUCACUCACCAAGGCGCUGGGAUUAAUUCCAAUGAAGAUAUCCCCCCAUCGGAAUGUUUCUGACAGCAGCUCCCAGGAAAGUAUUGAACGGCCACCUUCGAGCUCUGCUACAUCGCAACCAGUACAAUCACCUUUCCUGGCAAUACCCAAGUCCACUCGCGAUCGUAUCAACCAGAAUGCCGAAAGACCGGAUGUACCACGAGCAGUUCCACGUUUCGAUCGACCCGAUGCCGAUACUGAAAAACUGAUGUGGAUCCAUGUUCCGUAUACGCACACUGGUUGGGUAUCCCAAGUCAUCCGCCGGGCAUGUCAGGAUAGACAAGAGCCUUAUUUAGUUCGAAAAUUUAUCAAUGAUGAAAAUUGGUACCUCCGGCUUAAUAGAGCUCGCCAUCUCGAGCCUCAUGCACGUUUCGUCAAACCCGCAUGUCUUCACUCGAGACAAACGGAAUUUCCACAAAGCCCUACCGAUGCUUUAGAAGACCCUCAACUCGCUCUAUAUGCUCCUUACCUGCACUGGGAUACAUACCGCAACCUAAUCCAACGGCGCAAAGUAGUCGAAGACCGCCUCAAGCAAGGCCGAUCCAGGCCCGCCCCAGGCCGCAUCUCGAAGGCAAGCCUGGAAGCUCAAUUAAUAUGGACCUACCUCGGCUGCGAGCCUCCAGUGCACUUUCGUCGCACACUAGAUCAAUACGGAUAUCCGAAUCUGCGCUCGACUAUCGCUCGUGAUGACGACCAAAUGCUCUGGAAACGUACGCGCAGACCGGCGCGCAUUGAUGAGCAGCUAAAGGAAUACCUGCAGUCUGCAGAGGAUGAUCCCGAUAAUGAGGAGAAUUUUGGCGAGUUCAUGGAUGGCAAUGUCCUGAUGGUUGAUCAACUCUGGCUUUGGAUUCUUGAUCAAAAGACUGUCAUUACUUUCUUCCCGAAUCAAGAGGCUACGACCUCAGAGGGAAAGUUGUUUGAACAGUCUAACUUGCAUAGCAGCAUUUACAAUGAGUUAAAUGGGGAUCUCUCUCGUCGCUUUGAGACGGCCGGUGAUUUGGCUGCUCUCAUUAUGCUGCAUGCUGUCACCGUUCUCCUGGAUAAGACUCUACAUCAUGAUCUACAGGUACUGCGGAUUUUCGAGGAGUCAAUUAGCAUCUUGACCGAAUCCGUCACCAAGUCUUUCAAGCGCUUCCGAAAUAGAGGCUUUACCAACCGCCCAGCGGAUCAUGACCGUACCUCAGACGGCAAGUUCAUGACAGCCGCCCAGCAAGAACAUAAAGAAUUCCAGGUUGCUCGUCGAAAUCGAGAAGACCUCUCCGUUCUGCUUGAGCUGCGCGAUAUCGAAGAUGAGCUAUCCACCAUCCUAAAGCUACUCGAUCAACAAGACACUGUUAUCAAAAGUAUGGUCAAAUACUUUGACAGCAGGGGGUACGGGAAAUCAUUCCUCGACAACGCACAGGAGCGGAUUGACGAAUAUCGUUCGCAAAUCAACGAGAUGAAAGAAAACAGCCAUCUGGCACAGAAAGCAGUCGAAACCCUCCUCGAUCUCAAGCAGAAACAGGCAAAUGUCGAUGAAGCCAAAAUGACUCGAUGGCAAGCCGAAGUUGCUCAAACGCAAUCCCGAGCUGUGAUGGUCUUCACCAUAUUCAGUGUUGUCUUCCUCCCUCUAUCUUUCUUUACAUCUCUAUUUGGAAUAAAUGCCCGGGAAUGGAGCGGCGAACCGACAAACCCAACCCUAGGACAAAUGUUCGAGAUAGCAGCCCCGGCAUCCUUCGCAAUCAUCUUUCUCUCCCUCUUCAUAGCCUUCAGUGACACGCUACGCGAGAUAGUAUCCAAAACGCACAAGAUCAGUGUGGGCUUACUGAAGGAUUUCAUCUUGUAUCCAGUUAAAUCCUUCUUGUGGGAUUCCACUUCAAGUAGAAUCCAUGCUCAUGUUGUGCCUGAGGAUUCUGAGCUUAGGAAACGCUUCGAUGAGUAUCUGGGUUAUGGGAGGAGGAAUAUGCAGCGUGAUGAGGAUAUCUGGCAGCGGUGGCAGGAGAGUCCGAUUUCUGGGGGGAAGGGGGUUAAGAAGGGGAAGUAUCAAGUGAAAUCUGGAUUGGAUCGGAGAAUUCGUGCGGAGGUUUAG